CGCUCCAUCCAUAUAUCACACCACAAACCGGUUAGGCAAGACAGCAGACAGCAGACAGCAGACAGCAGAAGAUGAUGAAGGAUGGUGGUGGUGUAGAGGGUGGUCUGGUUGAGAAGAGUGGGAGAGGGAAUGGAGGAGUUGUAGAAGAAGAAGAAGAAGAAGAGGUAGCCCCAAUGAGGACGGCAGAGACUCUGAUGAGGAUAUUGCCAAUGGCCCUCUCUCUCACCGCUCUCUUACUCAUCCUCAAAAACUCUCAGUCCAACGACUUUGGUGCCAUCUCUUCUUCCGACUUUGCUGGAUUCAAGUAUCUGAUAUAUGCAAAUGGCGUAUGUGCGGGUUACUCCCUACUAUCUGCAUUCUAUGCGGCGGUCCCACGCUCCUCCACCAUCUCAAGGGCCUGGACAAUCUUCUUCUUUGACCAAGUGUUCACGUACGUGAUACUUGCCGCCGGGGCGGCGUCGGCCGAGAUCGUAUUCUUGGAGUUCAGAGGAGAUGCAUCCAUCACUUGGAGUGAGGCCUGCGGAACAUACGGCCGCUUCUGCCGGAAGGCGGUCGCUUCUGUCGCCAUUACCUUUGCUGCCACUGUCUGCUACGCAGCCCUCUCUCUCCUCUCAUCCUACCGCCUCUUCGCCCGCUACGACCCUCCUCCCGUCUCCUUCUAUCCCCAUGCCAAGGAGCUUCAAGUCCCCGCCUUUCCACGCUGAAUCGUCUCUCCCUCUCAUCUCUCAUGGAUCACCUCACCUCCCUCUCCUCUUCCCCUCUUUACACUGCACUAAAUAAGACUGUUACCCUAUUUUAGGGUUUCUGGAAUGUUGUUUGUUGACAAUGGGCAAAGCAUCCCACCUCCUACUUUACUCCGCUCUUUUAAAAGCAAAGACGGAUCUUGACUCUGUGUUUUUAGCUUC